AUGGCCGCCGCUACCAUCACCAGGAAGCUCCCAUCUCUCUCCGGCGACCUUCAUCACCACCAGAACCCACUGGAAGAAAACCCCUUCUUCCACCCUUCUAAUGGCUUCUACAUCACUCCUUCCGACGUCGUUCUCGCUCAGGUCGUCUACGAUCUCUCCGCCGAUUCCCAGCCACGCGUGGCCUACCACAGGGCUGGACCUCGCCGGGAGAUCCUGUACGAAGCAUCGGCUGUAAAAGCGGCGAUCGUGACUUGCGGAGGUCUGUGCCCUGGCAUGAACACGGUCAUUAGAGAACUCGUUGUGGGUCUGUGGGAGCUUUACGGUGUGAGGCAGAUUUAUGGGAUUCCUGCUGGUUACAGAGGCUUUUAUUCCAUGGAACCCGUCGAGUUAAAUCCCAAGCUUGUUCAUGACUGGCACAAGAAAGGCGGCACUGUCCUCGCCACUUCCCGUGGUGGCUUCAAUCUCCAGAAAAUCGUCGAUGCCAUCCAACUCAACGGUUACAAUCAGGUGUAUAUAAUAGGAGGAGACGGCACACUGCGUGGGGCUGUGGAGAUCUUCAAGGAAGUCAGCAGGAGGAAACUGGAGGUGGGAAUCACAGGUAUUCCUAAAACCGUGGACAACGAUGUCGGGAUCAUUGAUAGAUCAUUCGGGUUUCAAACGGCGGUAGAGAUGGCUCAGGAGGCUAUAUCUGCUGCUCACGUGGAGGCUCAGAGUGCGGUCAAUGGCAUUGGACUAGUGAAGCUGAUGGGCAGAAGCACUGGCCACAUUGCACUACAUUCCACUCUUAGCAACCGUGAUGUGGACUGUUGUUUGAUCCCAGAGAUGAGCUUCUACCUUGAAGGCAAAGGAGGGCUGUUUGAGUUUCUGGAGCAGAGGCUCAAAGAACGUGGGCAUGCCGUACUUGUUGUAGCUGAAGGAGCAGGACAAGAGAUGAUCCCAAGAAGCGAAUCACAGAAACAAGAGCGGGAUGAAUCUGGCAAUGCAGUUUUCUUGGAUGUUGGUGUUUGGUUGAAGUCAGCGCUCAAUGAAUGGUGGAAGCGAGAGCAUCCAGGCGAGCUGUUCACGGUCAAGUAUAUCGAUCCCACUUACAUGAUAAGAGCUGUACCUGCAAAUGCUACGGAUAACUCGUAUUGUACGCUGUUGGCCCACUCGGCAAUCCAUGGAGUCAUGGCUGGUUACACAGGGUUCGUGCCUGGCCCAAUCAAUGGGAACUAUGCUUAUAUCCCCUUAGAAGAGGUGGCACAGACUAAGAAUGAAGUGAACACGAGUGACCCCAAGUGGGCGUGGGUGCGCUCAGUCGCAAACCAGCCUGAUUUUGAUAAGAAAUUUUAA